AUGUCGAACACCGACUUCCUGGGACGUGCGAUAGAGCAGGUCAAGAAGGCAAUCGAGAUGGACACGGCAGGCGACUACGACAAAGCAUACCAACAAUACUACCAAGCACUCGAGCUCUUCAUGCUGGCGUUGAAAUGGGAGAAGAACGCAAAGUCAAAGGAGAUGAUCAGGCAGAAGGCAGGCGAAUACAUGGAGCGCGCAGAGAAGCUCAAGAACCACUUGGCAGAACAGGACGGCAAACGGAAACCGGCGGCGAUGGGUGCUAACGGCAAAGCGUCCAAUGGUGCCGGGAAAGGCCAGAAUGAGGACGACGAGCAGGAUGCAGACAGCAAGAAGUUGAGGGGAGCGCUGGCGGGUGCCAUCUUGACGGACAAGCCGAACAUCAAGUGGGAAGAUGUCGCUGGUCUGGAGGGUGCGAAGGAGGCGCUGAAGGAGGCCGUCAUAUUACCCAUCAAGUUUCCACAUCUGUUCACUGGAAAGAGGCAGCCGUGGAAGGGAAUACUGCUGUAUGGGCCGCCCGGUACGGGUAAAUCGUAUCUUGCGAAAGCAGUCGCGACGGAGGCGAACAGUACCUUCUUCAGCGUGAGUUCGUCAGAUCUGGUCAGCAAGUGGAUGGGAGAGUCGGAACGAUUGGUUAAACAGCUCUUCAACCUCGCCCGCGAAAACAAACCCUCCAUCAUCUUCAUCGACGAAAUCGAUGCCCUCUGUGGCCCCCGAGGAGAAGGAGAAUCCGAAGCAUCACGACGUAUCAAGACAGAACUGCUCGUCCAAAUGGACGGUGUAGGCCGCGACAGCAAAGGCGUCCUCAUCCUCGGCGCAACGAACAUCCCCUGGCAACUCGAUGCAGCGAUACGAAGACGAUUCCAGCGACGAGUACACAUCUCCCUCCCCGACCAGCCCGCGCGAAUGCGAAUGUUCGAACUCGCAGUCGGCAACACACCCUGCGAGCUACAAGCAGACGACUACAGAACGCUGGCAAAGUAUUCAGAAGGAUACUCGGGAAGUGAUAUCAGUAUCGCGGUGCAAGAUGCGUUGAUGCAGCCUGUGAGGAAGAUCCAGACGGCGACACAUUACAAGAAGGUCACAGUGGAUGGGGAGGAGAAGUUGACGCCUUGUUCGCCUGGGGAUGAAGGAGCGAUGGAGAUGAAUUGGACACAAGUGGAGACUGAGCAGUUACUGGAGCCGCCGCUGCAGGUCAAGGACUUCAUCAAGGCGAUCAAGGCUUCGCGGCCGACGGUCAGUGGGGAGGAUCUGCAUAGGAAUGAGGAUUGGACGAAGGAGUUUGGGAGUGAGGGCGCAUGA